AUGCGCCCUGAAAAGUUGAGAAACGUCGAGUUCGAUGAGGUCGUUGACAAGCAGCCCGUGUACGAAACGACGCUCAGGUACAGCGAGAGUUUCAAUGGAUUGUCGUUGGACGACAAUCGCCCGGUGGUCACCGAUGGCGUCCGUAAAAGCGUCAGCAUCGCUUCGACCACUUCUCAGAGUCCGUGUCGCCGUGUUUCAGCUUUUCCGGGAGACCCGUUUCGAUUCGCAGGCGAAGGCGUCGAAUUCAAGGCGAAGCUGAUCGGCGCUCAAGAGGUAUCCGCUCCACGUGGCGAUAUCAUUUGUCAAGAAGCGAUGCAAGUCUGCAAGGCGUUGGCGAAAAAAUCGGGUCAGCAUAAGCAGCGCGUUCUUUUCAACGUUUCUUUGGAGGGCCUGAAAAUCAAAGACCUCGGUUCGAAGAACGUGCUGCACGUAUUUCCUGUGUCCAAGGUGUCGUUCAUCUCUCGAGACGUGACGGACAACAGGGCAUUCAGUUUCAUCUACGGCUUUCCGGAAAACAAGCACCAGCUGUUCGCGAUAAAGACCGAAAAAUCGGCGGAGAGUGUGGUCUUAUCGAUACGCGACAUGUUUCACAUUGUUUACGACAUGAAGAAGAAACAGCUGGAGGGCGCGAGGCAACUGGAGGUGAGUGAUCCUUCGAGUCCGAACUUUUUGGACGUUGACGACAUGCAUUCCGAGUACUCGAAUCUGACGUCAUCCAGCAGUAGUGCACCUUCGUCGAACAACUUUCAGCAAAAUUCUGCUGAUCCGUUCAGCAACGAUCCGUUCUUUCCGGAGCUCUCGCAUACCGUCGCCACCUGCAACGGCUUCGGCGAAAAGGUACUGCGAAUACUUUGCAAUGUGAUUGUGAUGUUUAAAUGUAACUUGACAAAAUCUGCCGUCCCCGGUGGGUAA